AUGCAGCCCCACAGAACCCCAGUGGACUGGCAGUGGCCACAGGGGAACCGCCAGCCUUACAGCCUACUCCAAUCUCAUUGUGCAGCGUUGCCGCACACGGCGCGGCCUCGGUCCGUGUGCAGCCAUUCACUGACAAAGCAGCCAGUGCAUGUGCGUGCUGAGACUGCCAUGCUGUUGCGACUUUACGCAGCGUGGCGCUCAGACGCCCUGCGUCAGAUCUGCGAGGCGUUCAUUCUGAAAGCGUACAGCCACUGCACAGCAGCAGCCGUGACUCUCGAGCGAGUUGCAGAGACACUGGGUCUUACCCUCCCUGGCGUGAGCGGCGGCGAGUCAGCUGCCGCUGAUGCCUCUCGCCAGUGUCUCUCCCUUCUGGAAAGCCUGCAGCUGUCUGUUGCUGCUGCUGCUCCUACGCUCCGAGAGCAGCCCAGUGGCUUGGCCAGCGAUGAACAACCAGUCGUCCAGCAGCAACAGCACCAGCACGGGGCAGCUGAUAAGCGGAAGAGCGUGGCCUCGUUUACGCUUCUCACGGAUAUGCCGGGGCCCAACGAGGGGCCCCCAGGGGGCACUAUCAGGAACGGCAGUAGGCCUCUUCAAGGCGAGAGUUGCCAGGUGAGGGAGGCAGCAUCUCGUCAAAAGGAUAGCGAUGCUGGCAAUAGGGGAUAUGUAGAGAACAGUAAAAGACCGGAACGAGGUGGAUUACCCUUGGAAAGCAAAAGGAAAGAGACGCGGCGGCACUCCUGUUUCUCCACUUAUCUCUCUCUCUCUCGCUUCAUGAACAGCCCAUUUUCCUUGCGUCAAGUUGCAGCCCCCACUAUCUACGCAGCUUUUCCCCUGCCUGCGCCCUCCUUAGGCUUGCUUCAAGAGAAGAACGCUGGUCAAGUUCCACCUCCCUUUCGCUGCAGCCUUCUUUGUGCAGCAGCGGAGACUCUAGCGAGGGAGGAACCGCCUCCAAGAAGCCCUCUGCUACUGCGCAGGGGCAUGGCCGAGCUACACAUUGGAGGCCUCUCCUCGUUGCUCUCGCGCUGGCAGCCGGCGAUUGUCUGUCUCUCGAAGUCCCGACUCCUCCACUUCUUUGCUUGUGCAGAAGAAGAGGUUCCCAUUAGAACCUUCUUCGUUGGAGGCGCAGAGGUCAGGAUUUGUGGAGGCGGGUAUGCGGUUCUCGGUGGCACUGUGAAGCGCACAGGCAGCAGAGAAGGGGCGAAAAUGGACAUUCAAGUGACUGAAAAGAAGAGAAGAGGCUUCCUACCGCGGUCUUCUUUGGUAUUUAGGGUCAACGGCAGUCGGGAGUGCAAGGAGUGGCUGUCUGUCUUGGAAAUGGCAGCAGACGACAGGGCCUUCCUUGCUUCGGCACAGGAUAUAAACACGGGUCAUGCGGCUCCCGUAGAUGCGUGCGAGCCCCCCUCUUACGCAUCCAGGAUCGUUAAGGGGACCCCUGGAGAUCCCAGUGCGACAUUCUACAGCAACAAUAGCAAUUCUGCCGAAGCGUACGGUGUGCAGCAUCUGAUGCCAUAUCCUGCUGCUACUGGAAUGCAGCACUUAGACGUAGGGGCACAUAUUCCUUCUGGGAGUAUGGAUGAGGUGUCUCUUGAUGAGCCACCAUCUUAA